AUAUAUUUCUCUUUAUUAUUUGAAUGGAGAUGAUGACUGGUGGUGGUGAUGAUCAUAAGCAGCAGCUGCUGCAUGUAUUCUUCUUUCCUAUCAUGGCUCACGGCCACAUGAUUCCAACACUAGACCUCGCCAAGCUCUUCGCUUCACGCGCCGCCGUCAAGUCAACCAUAAUCACCACCCCCCUCAACCAGCCCCUUCUCUCCAAGCCCAUUCGUAAAUGCACGCAGCUCGGCCUCCAAAUCGGCGCCCUCUCCCUCCACUUCCCCGGCACCGACGUCGGCUUGCCGGACGACUGCCAGCAUUUCGACCAGAUCACCUCCGACGAUGCGGCCUCCCGCUUCUUCCGGGCCUGCGCCAUGCUCCGGGGACCUCUCGAGCAGCUCCUGGAAGAGCACCGCCCCGACUGCCUCGUGGCCGAUUCGUUCUUCCCUUGGGCCACCGCCGCCGCUGCCAAGUUCGGCAUCCCGCGGCUCAUCUUUGACGGAACCAACUACGUGUCUUCCUGCGCCAUGCACAGCCUCAGAACCCACAAGCCCUUCGACGGCGUUGCGUCGGAUUCGGACACGUUUACGAUUCCCAACCUCCCCCACGAGCUCACGCUAUUGCGGUCGCAGGUCUCUCCGUUCGAACGGAAAGACCGGAGCGAGAUUGGUUCCGAGGUGGAGGCUCCGAUGGCGGAGUUCAUAUCCCAACUGAGAGAGGCAGAGCGGACGAGCUAUGGGGUGGUCUUCAACACCUUCUAUGGGCUCGAACCGGACUACGCGGAUCACUUCCAGAAGGUUCUUGGAAGAAAAUCGUGGUCGGUGGGGCCGCUCUCGUUGUACAACAGAGAAACAGAGGACAGGGCCCUGAGGGGGAAACCCCCCACAGUGGGCGAGAAAGAAUGUUUGGAAUGGCUUGAUUCCAAGAAAACCGACUCUGUCGUUUACAUUUGCUUCGGGAGCCUGGCGAACUUCACGGAUUCGCAGCUCCGGGAAAUGGCGGCCGGGAUAGAGGCUUCUGAACAGGAGUUCAUCUGGGUGAUAAGAAAAACAGGGGAUGGGACAGGGGAGGAGGAGGAGGAAUGGAUGCCAGAAGGGUUCGAGGAGAGGACAAGAGGGAAGGGGUUAAUCAUAAGAGGAUGGGCCCCGCAAGUGCUGAUUCUCGACCACGGAUCGGUGGGCGCAUUCGUGACGCACUGCGGGUGGAACUCGACGCUGGAAGGGGUGUGUGCGGGCGUGCCCAUGGUCACCUGGCCAGUCUUCGCAGAGCAGUUCAUCAACGAGAAGCUGGUGACGGACAUUCUUCGGACGGGUGUAGGGGUGGGAUCCAAGGAGUGGAAACACACUGGAUGCGACGGGGUGAAGCGAGAAGCGGUUGCGGAGGCGAUCAAGAAUGUGAUGGAGUCGGAGGAGACGAGGAGGCGAGCCAAGGCGCUGAAAGAGAAGGCGAGAGAGGCGGUCGAGGAAGGCGGGUCUUCUCACUCGGGUUUGAGUGAUUUGCUUGAUGAAUUGAGGAGUUACCCACGCAAAUUAAGAAUUACCCAAUCAAUUUAAUAACAAAAUAUGAUGAUUGGA